CUUGUGGGAUAAGUUAGGUUCUACAAAAAUUCGUAGCAUAUUCCCCAAAAAACGUUCGCUCUUAUAUCAAAAUCCAUCUUUUCUCUUUACCUUCUAGAGCACCAGUCAAUAUUGUCACAGUAGUCAACGCAUCUCAAAACCCUAACCCUAAACCUUCCAAAAUGCAACACCCUUCGCCGGACUCCGACAUGCCACCACUCGCCUCCAUCAAGGUCCGUUCAUCCUCGCCUCGCUUCCCUCCCCCCAUCACUCCUUUAUCCACUGAAACCCCUACGGCAAAUGCUCAGCGGAAGAUCGGCAUAGCCGUUGAUCUUAGUGAUGAGUCUGCUUUUGCUGUUAAGUGGGCUGUUCAUAACUAUCUCCGUCCUGGAGAUGCAGUUGUGCUCGUCCAUGUUCGACCCACUUCGGUUCUCUACGGGGCGGAUUGGGGUUCUGUUGAUUUGUCCAUUGUUGAUACUGAAAAUGAGGAGUCCCAGCGGAAGCUUGAAGAUGAUUUUGAUACUUUUACUACUACCAAGGCGUCUGAUGUGGCACAACCGCUCGUGGAGGCUCAAAUUCCGUUCAAAAUUCAUAUUGUGAAAGAUCAUGACAUGAGAGAGAGGCUAUGCUUGGAAGUUGAGAGGCUUGGGCUAAGUACGCUGAUUAUGGGGAGCCGUGGAUUUGGCGCCACCAAGAGAGGGAGCGAUGGGAGGCUUGGCAGUGUUAGUGAUUACUGCGUGAGGCAUUGUGUAUGCCCGGUUGUUGUGGUUAGAUAUCCCGAUGAGAAGGACAGUGCUGGCGGUGGAGAGCCAGUGGUGUCUGUGGCUUCCGUGGUCGAGGAGGAUGACGAGGAGCAAGAAUAUCAUGAUGCCCCUGAUGAUCGCAAAGCUGCUAGUAUUGACUGUGGAGAACAUGUUUGUCCACCAGAUAGUGACAGUUGCUUUGGUACUUGUAUCGUGGAUCAGGGCAUAAAAUGAUAACGAGACGACAUCUGUAAAUACUGAAGCUGCCCUGGCUGUUAUGGUUGAUUUAUGGUGUUGGAAAAGGGCAAUUUAGUUAGGAAAGCUUCUAGUUGUGUUAUUUUUUCCUUUGGCUAAACCAAUUCGUUCGGAGAUAAAUAAUGGUGGUGUUGGAAAAGGGCAUUUCCUUUCGCUUAUACAUGUUAACAUGUCCGAUAAGGAAGUUGCAUCGCGCAACAGUUUGUUUUCUUCAAAUUGUGGAAAUUUGAAACCCCUGGGGUGAAAAAUCAAAAUGCUGAGAAUUUUAUUGCCCAUCUUCUUCCUGCUCAUGCGAGAUGCUAGUGUCCCCUUCUUCCUGAAAUUGCUUUUCAGUAAUUUUAU